AUGUCCUGCUCCAGCCUGUGUGCCCCUUGUGGGCUGGCCUCCACUUGCCCUCUGGCUGACACCUGCAACGAGCCCUGCGUGAGGCAGUGCCCCGACACCACGGUGGUCAUCCAGCCCCCGGUCUCGGUGGUCACCUUCCCCGGGCCCAUCCUCAGCUCCUUCCCGCAGCACAGCUCCGUGGGCUCUGCAGGAGCUCCCUACGUCGGAGGCGGCUCCGGUGGCUCCUAUGGGGGCCGUGGGGGCUAUGGGGGCUAUGGCCGCGGUUCCAGGUCCUAUGGAGGAGGCUGCGGCUCGUGCUAA